AUACUUACACCACCUAUAUGUACAUGCAUGUAUUUUUAUUGCAAUCGCGUAACUUGUUAUGACAGCUGAUUCUAAAUCUUUUCAUCUUUCUUUCUCUCUUUUUAUAUCUUGAUGAGCAAUUUGCCCAUUUGUUGUUGAUUUUCAUAAUUAUUAACUGUGAAUAUAUAUUCUUAUUUAUGUGGAAAUCAGAAUCAGAGAGAUGUCUUGCAAAUUAAAAAAAUUGGUAACAUUUGAAGAUAAAUUAUCAACUAUUAAAAACAUCCUUUUUGCUGAUGACUUGGACUCACCUGUGCCAUCAUCUAUUGACGACUGGCCUUCCUCUAGCUUUCAAAGUGAUCUUGAUGGUGAUUCAUCAAAAGUGAAACUUCCAGGAUCAUUGAACGAUUGUUUAAUUUCCACAAGUCCAACUGCUGAUAUCAUAGUAUUUGCCAAUGAUAAAAAUGUUGCUGUUUAUCGAUAUCGGGAAGAAGCUGAAACACAGAUUUGUGGUACAACAUUAUUUGAACUGGAACCUGGUGAAAAAAUAACCUGUGUAACGUGUCUACCAUUUGUUUCUCAACAAAUCAGCAACCAAGGAGGACUUGACUGGUGUUCAAUUAUUUUGGGAUUCUCAUCUGGAUUCAUCCGGGUUUAUACUGAAAACAUGAGCUUGCUGCUGUCACAGAAAAUUUCUUCAGAACCAGUGACCAACAUCAAGAUCAACAGUUUUUUCUGUCCUUAUACCUCUGGAAGAACCCGUCAUUCUGAUUGUAGUAAAAAUGUGGAUGAAAUAUUCGUCUUUUGUCGAACUGUCUGUAUAAUCAUUGAAGGGUUUGUUUUUUAUCAGACUCUUCGUUCUUGUAGGAAUUACUUAGCUCGUAAUCAAGGUCAAUCCAUUCCAGAUCCUAAUAUUUCUCCAGAAUUCUCAUUAAGAUUUAAAAGAUGGCAAUUUAAAGAUUUCAACAGAAUACUCGAUGCAGAUAAUUGUGGAUCACAAGAAAUUAGUGAUUAUGAUUAUCUUGUUUCUCGGUCAAUUACAAAAGGAACAUUUGCUAAUCCCUAUAAUCGUCGGAAUAAUGGAAAUUUGAUAAUAUCCGCUGGGGAAGACCCUUUCGUUGGUCUUCGCAGAGCUGACGAGACUGAUUCAACAAGUGUCCUCGAAGAGAUGACUCAAGCAGUUGUAAAUAAAGUAAAGAAUGUUUUACCCACUUUUCUACGGAGCAGUGACAAACCAAAACCUAAGAUUGAUCCUCCACUUGAAUUUUCAUCAAACUUAGAGUUUUACGAUCAAUACCGUGUUGGUAUGUCUAUUACUAUAUCACCAACUCGUGAACUAGCAACUGUAUGCGAUGAUUUUGGCCGAGUUUGUCUGGUCAAUCUUAAUGAUGGUUUAGUUAUUAGAAUGUGGAAAGGAUAUCGAGAUGCUCAAUGUGGUUGGAUCGAAUCUUAUGAAGACUCUAGCGAUAUUCAUUCAAGAAAAGCUUUAUUUCUAUGUAUUUAUGCUCCUAAAAGAGGUUUAUUGGAGUUAUGGAGAUGCCAACAUGGUCCUAGAGUUGAAGCAUUUAAUGUUGGUAAAUCUUGUCGUCUUUUAUACUGUGGAUAUUCAAUGCUUGGCCUCAAUGAUGUUUUGAUUAAACAAUAUCGACAGAAUCUUGGCUUAUAUCUUCAAUCUCCAGGCUCCUGUUAUCUCUUUGACUAUAAAUCAUGUACUAUGUUUACAUUUAAAGUGCCCUUCGUCGUAAGUCUAACUGAUAGGUUCAGUCAAUCAAGCAAGGAUGAAUUGUUAUUUAAAGAAUUCAAGAAUAUUUCCUUCGAUGUUAAUAAUUUUGCAAGUUACGUCAGCCUUUUUGAAAAAAUCAAAUCCAUCAAAAUUAAAUGGCUGGCUAUUCGUCAUGUGAUUGAUAAUUCUUUUGUCACCCUAGUCAAAGAUCUGUGUCAAAAUCUUCUAUCAAGUUUACCAAUUGAUUUGGAAAAUAUUGAAAAUGCACCGAAUAUUGAACCUUCCAUUUUAUCUUCUGCUCGUCGGUGUCAAAAGUUGAUUCAACUGUGUGACUUUUACUCUUCAUUCCAUGAUUUGGCUUCAAAAAUUGAUAAAAUAGAAAUUGUCAACUCGAUUCAUCAAGAUCCACCAGAUAUUGAAAAUCAAGCUGAACUUCUUGGUUGGUCAGCUCGUGAUUACGCUCGAUUCGUUUCCAUCUUUGGUUUUAAAGAAGUUGUGUUGCCUGGAAAAAUGGUUUCUUUUUCUCCUGAUUUUAUAUCCUUUGCUGAUUUAGUUGAUUUCUUUUUACCAAAUGAACCAGAAACAUAUCAAAAAUCUAGAAUGAUGCGUAGACCAAGCCCAAAAUUAUUUAAAAAGCCAUCACGACAAUAUAAAAUUGACCAAUUAUAUAAAGUUGGAGAUUUAAUUCUUUUUCCUGGUCUUGUUACUGAUAAUCUGGAAACCUGCACUAAUUAUAUUGAAAAAACAAAUUUGAUUACACAUCAAGAACUUUUAUACUGUGUUUUUGCUUCUUGGCUUCAUACUGAUUUCUCAGCUGACUGGAGACACUGGCCGAGAUUCAAUCGUUAUGUUUUACUUUUGAUAGACUUAAUGCGACAGCAAAAUUCAACAAAACAAGACUAUUGGCUCGAAAUUUUAAAGACAUUAUGCUCUCUAAUCGCUCAAGCAACCAUUAUACCUUCAGCAUUGAUCUCUUCUAUGACCUUGUUAACUUUUUACUCGCAAUACGAUUUGUGUGAAGAAACUUCGAAAAAAUUGUCACUCAAAGAUAAAUCUGAGGAAGUCGAUAUGCCAGAAGAAUGGGAAAGCUUAUCCAUCGUCAAAGAAAAGUUAAAUCUUCUCAUAAAUCAAUUAGAAUCGACGUUUUUCCUUGAUUUAGCCCUUCAUUCAAAUUUAAAUUAUAAUCCAGGAGACAUUUCACUUGCAUAUCUUAGAGAAAGCCUUCCUGGUAUUGUUAGUGAAUCAAUUGCGAAAUGUGCCAUUUCAUAUCCACUCGAACCAAGUAUAAUAUUAUCUCUAGAGAAUGAUGAAUUCGACGAAGAAAAUCCAACCCCACAGCAAAUUUCAACUGCAACCGAUGCUGUUACAUUGGUAGAACCAAACUCCAUUGACACAGAAGUAAUUAAACAACUGCUUCAUAAAGUCCAUGACCAUUUUCCUCACAGUAUGGACUGUGACACACUCCUAGCGAAUUGUGCCUGGGAAUGUUUAAUUUUAUGGGACAAAGAUCCAACCACAGAUGCAACAACGCAAUUGCUUUCUCAAUCACUCAAAUAUCUCGGUCCAGUGUCGAGUGCCUUGUUGAAACAUAAUCUUGCCUGUCUCAUGUGGAAAAUAGCAAUCCGAAAAAGAAUGGAAUUAUUAUGUUGUUUGAUUGAGAAAAUGGGCAAAACACCUAAAGAUAGAAUUCUCAAACGUGAUUUUGGUUUUGAUGAAAGUUCUUUAGAAGAUUUCAUCAAAUUUGUAGUUGAAUUGAUUGAUAUUAUUACCUACACUCUUGGUCCAUCUGAAGCCGACGCAAUGCCUAUUUUCCGUCUAGAUGAUUGGUGGAAACAUAAAAAUUGGUCAAAUAGUCAGUUUCCAUUGACUUUCGUUGCAAUCCAACAAAAACAAGCCGAUCCUGAUUUAAUAUAUCAGGUGUAUGAUCUUUGUCUGAUAGUUAAUUUAAUCGUUAACUUUCAGAUGAAGCAACAUAAACCUUUGUCGCUGUUUCCAUUUGAUGUACAGAAAGCAUUCUUUGGUGAAUUAUCUAAUCCAUUAAAAAAUAUUCAGGCCGAUUCCUUGAUCACUGAAAAUCGGGAAAAAUUUUUGCAAUCAGCUGCAUCAGCAGUCGCUUAUUCAGUCCCUCCAUCAAUGUCAUUAAUAGAAGAAGAAGUUCAAUUAUAUUCCACCGCUAAUCGAUGGAUUGGAAAAAUCGUUUCGCUUUCCAAAAACUGGGACAUUCAACCUGACAUAGUUCGUCGAAGAUAUAUCUGUGAUCUCUAUUCAAAUUGUUGUGAUGCCUUAGCUCAAGAGGCAAUGAAUAUGGUGAAUGAUCGUGAAGAAUUGGCUGUGGCAUUAUUAGCUGUAGCUGGUCAACGGAUUAAUCAUUUAAUUAAACCAGUAAAGGAUAAAUUUCUUGCUUCAACGCCAACGUACAUAAUUUCUUGGCUCGAAAAUCUUCAGACAAAAAAUAGUUUAAAUCUCAAUUUUAAUGCUGCAUCAACUGCAAAAAUGUUGGAAUUCAUUACGUUAUUUAUACCCAGUGAGAAUAGUAAAUGUCGAAUCGCAAAAAAUUUAUUGACAAUUGCAAAUAGUUUAAUUGAUUAAAGCUUUUUUUAUGCAAACAAUGUACAAAUGGUGUCACCUUAUAAAUAAAUCUGUAGUCUAUUGUAUAUCAAUAGUCUAUGAUUCCUAAUAAUUUUUAUUGAA